AUGAAUCCAUACAAGGGUUUGACAAGCCACGGUAAAGAAGAUACACCAGAUACCACAGCCGUCUACUCAACCACAAAGAAUUGUAAGUUCUUUAAGAUCAAGAUGCAGAUCAUCUUUCAAGUAGAAAUUAACUGCAAGCCUGGAAAGUCCCAAAACGCCCUGAACAAAAUACACCAUAGCUACAGCAAUUCACCUCAACAUAGAAUAUUCAAAGCCACCUCACGGACACCUCUCAGCCACAAAACAGUCGGCCACCUCCCAUUGCCCUUCCUCCUCCACCUCCGUCGCCUGCCACCACAGAGUUCCUCCGUCGCCUGCCACAACAAAAUUCCUCCGUCGCCACCGUGCUGCAAAUACCAGUCAAGCACAACAGUCGCCCGUCGGAGUCUAGCCAAUAGACACCAAAGCUCGCCAUCGAAGUCCGACUUCGAUCCAUCGAACAUCCACAUUCAACUGCUUCGGGAAGCGAAGUCCGACAUCCCGUGGGAAAACCCACCAAGGAAUCGCUGGAGAAUGUGA